GGGGCGGGGCCGGACGGAGAGCCGGACAGGACUGGGCCCAGGGCUGUGGGGGAUGGUGUUGCUUCUCUCCCAGCUGUUGCUGACUCUUACCCGCUUGGUGCUGCGGUUCCGUGAUGCCCUGUACUGCCAAGCCGUGCGCCUCAUCUCCCUUGUUGUGGGCACUGUCUCCAUCCUGUGGGUGCCGUGGCUGGUGCUGACCAAGGGGCCAUGCCGGGCUUUCCAAUGGAGGGUGCGGGGGAUGCCCCCGCCAUGCCUCAUGGGGACCACCUACGGGGAGCACCACUACCUGCGACUCAAGAGCUCAGGUCUGCGCUUGCACUAUGUCGCAGCUGGCCUGGAGCAGGCGCCGCUAAUGUUGUUCCUGCAUGGGUUCCCCCAAAACUGGUUCUGCUGGCGCCACCAGCUGCAGGAAUUCCACAAGCGGUUCCGGGUGGUGGCACUGGACCUGUGGGGCUGUGGUGCCUCGGACGCCCCACCCCGGGAGCAGAACUAUGCUAUGGAGACCCUGCUGGAAGAUGUGCAGGAAGUCAUCAAGACUCUCAGCACCAGGGAUGAAAAGGGCUCCACCAAGGCCAUUCUGGUGGGACACGACUGGGGCGGUGCCAUUGCCUGGGUGUUUGCUGCGACUCACCCCAACAUGGUGGAGAAGCUCAUCUUCAUGAAUGCUGCCCACCCCUCUGUGUACCAAGAGUACCUUGUCCGCCACCCCUGGCAGCUGCUGCGCUCCUCUUUCCUGUUCUUGUUCCGGCUCCGGGGCUACGCUGAGCUCCUCCUGUCCUUGGGUGACUUCCAGCUGCUGAAGUGGUUCAUGAGCAGCAGGAUUACAGGAAUCCAGAACCCCCAGCGGCGCUUCACAGAGCAGGAGCUGGAGGCUUACAUCUAUGGCCUGUCCCAGCCUGGCAGGGUGACCUCAGCUGUCAACUACUACAGGGGCCUCUUCAGCAGGCCCAUUGUGGAGGGGAAGGCGGUGCUGGCGCCCACACUGCUGAUCUGGGGGGAGAAAGACGUGUACCUGGAGGCCAGGCUGCUUGUGGUCCUGCAGCGGUACUUCCAUGGCAGGUGCCACAUGGAGCGCCUCCCCCAGUGCAGCCACUGGGUGCCUGAGGACCAGCCCGAGAAGGUCAAUCAGCUGCUGUGGGGCUUCCUGCAGGAGAACAUCUGAGGUGGUGCCGUGACAGGGGGCUGUGGCCAUGUCCAGAAGCUGGUCACUGCCCUGGGCCCUAUGUGGCAGGGACCAUGAUGCACAAGCUUGAACCUGGCACACCAGCCUCAUGUGGCCAGCCUAGCAUGUGCCCUGUUGUGUCUGUUCCUCCCUACCCAUCAGCUGCCCUCAGGGCCCCGCUCCCUGUGUGCCGGCUUCUCCACCUGCCACCUCAUCAUUGGCCACCUGAGGCCCUUGCUGGCCAUGGGAAGGGCGGUGACAAUCCCACCUGGGACCAUGGAUAUUGUGCUCUGCCUUGCAUGGGAGUGCAAAUAGGGUUGGGAAAGCUCAUAGGGGGAGCUGUGGCAGUAGCACUCUCAGUGGCAGGCCUGAGGGCAUAGCCAGCUUGUCAUGAGGGAGCACUUGUCAUGGGGGAGCAGAAGGCAAGUGGCAGUGCACAGUGAACACAGUGAUUGGUGGGACCUCAGCUCCGUCUGGCUCUGUGCCCCUUUCCCUGUGCUAGGCUGGGCAGUGCCAACACGGGUUGUUGAGUUUGCCUCUCGAAGCCUCCAUUCCAGUGUACUCCUUCGCUUCCUGGGGUUGGUAAUAAAGGGCUGUUCUUGCACAA